CAAGACACUAAACCGUCCCUCUGGCACUCGUUGGUUUGGUCUAGCACUACGAGUAUGCUUUUCGCGGGGCUUUCAACCUCAGUGGGAGGUUGUGCCAGGCUCCGGCAAUGAGCAGGGAAACUAGGACCCAACGGAAUGAGACACCCCGAUCAAUCGGGGCCGAGUCAGUAAAAAUAAUUUAACCGGGUUGGUAGACGCCUAUUGACCGACCGGUGAUGUCCCACCAAUUUCUGCAGCUAUAUGCGUGGGCAAGAUGCUAUGCUAUGCCGACUCAACAGGCCUGAAACUGCCGGACUGAAGAACAUGUCUGGCAACGCGCCUCAACGGAAAGUUGUUGGUAAUAGUUGCCAGGCAUUCAGCGCGGAAGCUAUGUCAGCCCCAUCAAAAUCGGCCUUAACAGGUUGGUCAGGCAAGGACAUUGCCAGUCCACCUCGAUCUGCUUCUGACUGAUGCGAACAACACAGCGGGCAGUUGCUUCUUUAUCCUCUGUACUGAUAGACGUUCAAUCCAGCUGCUUGCAGACCUGGCCAAGGGGAACGGAGAUGCCACGGCAGGGUAUCCGGCUGACAUAGAGCGCAUGAUUGGCAUGCUGCUCCGACAUAUCAGUGAGAGAGCGACGGAGUAUCCUGAUUUCCGAAGCAGUAAUGCCGCCAGCCUGAACAGUUUGUCCGUAGACUGCACAAGAACAAUAGAAGCAAUAGGGCCGCGAGUGACCAAACGGCAAGAAAGGAAAUGAUGAACCGCGCCGCUCGAUGGGUUUUCUGCCACCGCCCUGGCGCCC